AUGCCUCUGAUUCCGUCACUACCCGAUAGAAAAACGGAAAAGAGAAAAGAUCCUCCCAAGUUUCUUCGACAACUUCCAGAUUCCGUCAGAAAUCGGCGGCAAUCGUUCGACAACGAUAUCGACCUUAGUAUCUUGAUGAGUGUGCUACCAAGUCCCAAAGACGUUUUCGAGCGAGAGCUAGAAUGGAACAUCUCCGACGAACUCGCAAAACUCGCUAUUCAGCAACAAUCUUCUGCUUUCUGA